AUGCCUCCCAAUAACAGACGCAAGCUCCCCGAGGAGUACUCGACCAAUCCGAACACGAUCCGCGCCCGAAAGCGAAAGGCAGGACUGUCGCCGUACGCUAGGGAGGUCGAGCAAGCCAAGGCAUCGGAUUCCAAGGCCGUCACAAGAGCUUGGAAAGCACGUAUCGAAACAGAAACACGACAGCAAGGCCUCGAUGCCGACACCAAAAUCAGUCGCUUCAUCCAGCGCAUGAGUAUGGCACCUGUCUCCCCCAAACCAGAGAACGUCGACCCUGCACUGGGCUCCAUGGCACCGCCUCCCACGCCUGUCUCGGCCAUGCAACCCAUUGCUCAGAUGAUGCCGCCCACGUCUUCGUAUGGGGCUCACCAGUCAACGGUAAGCACCCCAAGCCGACACGCCACUCCGGGCCCCAUUCUCCCCUAUCCCGUACCCAGCAUCGAGCGGGCCAACGAGUUUGCGAACCAUCUGCCCGUUACACCUUCUCCGCUUUUCCACCACGAAGCCGAUGGCGCUACCAACGAUGCUUCUCUAGUCACGCGACUACAAGGUGAGGUCGCUUCUUAUGCCUCACAAAAUGCUGCUCUGCAACGCGACCUUGAAAGCACCAAGCGUCGAGUCACGCAACUGGAAGGAAUGAUCGAGAUGCUGAACAACGAUCUGGUCACGUCGAAGGGCUGCAUUGCAGCUCAGGAAUCGCGUCUGGAGGAUGUGAACAUCCGCAUGAGUGACUACGAUGGCACCGCUGCUGUUUUGCGCAAUGCAGAGUCUGAUUUCGAGAACCAAGCCGAGAAACUACGCCGUAUCGUGGCCGGUGUAAAGAUGAUUGCCGACGUGACCUGUCGUGUCGCCACAGAGCUGGGUCAAGGCGCAAGAGGCAACAACCCCGUGACCGAGUCGACUGGUCAUGCUAAUGGAUUCAACGGUCAUACUAACGGAUCCAGAGAGUACAAACCUGAAGUCAACGGCUUUUCCAAUGGAAACAAUGAUGAAGUUAACGGCGUCAAGUCAGACCACGACGAUUUAUUCUCGGGGUAG